AGCUGCGUGUCUUUCUACAUCCAUGGCAAUCUCUUCUCUCCGUUUCCCGCUCUCUCCAUGGCUGCUCCUCAAAACCCCAAAGCUAAAACCCUCCUUCAGAUUUUCAUUUCCAAUUCUACCCUCUACAAGACACACUCAAUUACUACUCCUAUUCUCUUACUCUCAAUCUCCACCGUCCAUCUCUCCUCCCUUAACGGACUCAAACUCAAAUCAGUCCCUCCAUUCAAAAUGGGAAUCUAUUAGAAAGAAAAAGGUUGUUUUGCGGGUUGGCUAUGUGGGUACUGAUUAUAGAGGUCUUCAAAAGCAACAUGACCAGCAUUCAUUAUUGACUAUUGAAGGAGAAUUGGAACGUGCUAUAUAUGAGGCUGGUGGGAUUCGUGAAAGUAAUUAUGGCAAUUUGAAUAAAAUUUCGUGGGCUAGAAGUAGCCGGACAGACAAAGGAGUUCACUCAUUGGCAACAACUAUAACAAUGAAAAUGGAGAUACCGGAAAAUGCAUGGAAGGAUGACCUUUAUGGAAUGGUUCUUGCGAAACAUGUUAACUCUUAUCUCCCUGAUAGUAUUAGAGUUUUGAGCAUCUUACCAGCACAGAAGAGUUUUGAUCCCAGAAGGGAGUGUGAUAUACGGAAAUACUCUUAUCUCCUUCCUGCCGAAGUUAUUGGCAUCAAAAGUCACUUUAGCAUGGCUGAAAUUGACGAUCACAUAUCAGACUUCAAUAACAUAUUAAAUGCAUUUGAGGUGAGUAUCAUUAUCUUUGAUUUCAUUUCUUUUUUCUCAUGAAUCUUUUGAUUUUGUACUUCUCAUUAGUUGAUGAAAUAUUUCUUGCUGGAUCAUAUUUGAGUUGCUUUCUUCUAAUCGAUCUUUUGUGAGAAUUUGACUCUAGACACAAUUUUAUUGGCUUUGUUAGUUUUUUUCGUUUCUGUAGUUCACAAGAAAUUGUUAGCUUGGUAGUUGACAUGGGAUUCUAUCUUGUAUAGUUCUUCCAUCUGGUGUUUUACACUUUUGGAUGGUGAUAGAAAUUAUGAUCUGCUGUGUAGAAACAACUGUGAUCAUUGCUAUGGUUGAUUUAGAAGAUUUAUACCCUCUUCUAGAGCUAUGUUGAAACUUUCUUGUCUGUCAUUUUAUUGCAUGUGAAUGCCAUGCAGUUCAGAAGAGCCUAAGAUCAAUAUAGCAUGGCCCAUAUAAAUUAAGCCCGAAAUCAUAUUUUCAUUGUUAUUUGUAGUUGUG